GCCAGUCUAAAGAAGUUCUGCGACAUGGCGGCGCCAAAGAAGGCUCACAGAGCCUCGAGAAAAGAUUAUAAAAAUCGGGCACCUGCUCCCCUUUGAAGAUGUAUUGGAGUAUUAGGAGGUCACCACGCAUUGACUGUUAUAAAUUCUGUGUUAUACAUCCAAGUCCCUUUCGUUCAACAUGUCUCCUAUUCCCCGAAAUCUUGUCAAGCUCACACAACGGAUUCGUAACCCUUCCUUGCGCAAUCUCACCCUCAGUCUCAUUGAAGACGCUUCCCAGAAGCCUGAUCUAGCGCACUUCACCAUCGCUAUCCUCAAAAAUCCGUCCCACACGAGCCAUACUGACCUCAAGCCGCACGCCACUGCACUGUUUGCGACUGAGGAACAGUUCAAGAACAACAAGGCCCAGACAGCUCAUAUCUACCACGAUGAGCAGGGACAUUAUACUGGCCAUGUGCUGUACCAGGAAAGGGAGAAUAAAUCAUCGGACGAAUGA